AUGAAGAGAAGGUGGGCCAUUCCAGCCGCCAACAAGCGGGGCCAGCGCAGCGGCGCGAAAUCUUCAUCUUCAUCUUCAUCCGGGGAUAUGAAGCGGCACAAGAAGGAUGCGGAGAAGGCCGCCGCCGCCGGCGGUGAGCAGCUCUAUGGACUGUUCGAGUCGGCGCUGGCGCUGCCAUCUCGAGAGGAGGCGGAGGCAUUCUUUGCCCGCAUGCUGGCACCGCUGAGCGUCCAGGAGUUUGAAGAGGAAUUCGAGGGCAAGCAGGUGCUGGUGGCAAACAACGAGAAUGAAGAUGAAGAGGAGGAUGGCAACGGUGAGGACGGUGGCAGCUCCGCCGAUUUCGUGAAGAUGAACGUGUUUGGGGACUGGCACGGUCAGCUGCGGGACAUCUUGAACGACGGCGCCCACCAAGGCAAGAUCUUCAAGGACGACGUUCUCGUUCUGCCCAGGCCUGGCUCCUGUCCGCGCACGCAAGGCCUGCCUUCGCGCAAGAUGCAAGUGAGCGCCGACGCUGUCUACGCGUUUGUCAACAAGGGCCACACGGUCCGCUUUUUCAACUUUGCGUCGUUUGUGCCAUCGCUCGGCCGUCUUCUUGCGCUCACUGACGCCUUCUGGGGCGCCUCCGGCUCCUCCCUCGAGCUCGUCCUCGCCCCCGUCCCGCCCUCUUCGUCUUCCGCUUCCGCGUCGUCUGCUCCGGCGUUUGACUUCUCCAACCUCACCAUUCCCACCUCCGCCACCACGUCGGCUUCAUCUCUUUUCAACGUCUCGUCGUCGUCUUCAUCGUCGUCACCGUCUUCGGCAGCACCUGCUUCUCUGUCGUUCGACUUCUCCAAUCUCACUGUUCCCUCGUCGAUCACGUUCGACAUUCCGGCGGCUACCACGCCUUCGCCGUUCCCCGCCGCUACCAACGCGUCUCUUGAAUCGUCGUCAUCAUCGUCGUUGUUUUCCACAUCGUCAGCGCCGUCGCCGGCCGACCAGCGCGAGGAACUGCCUGUCGACAUCUUCGUGUUUCAGUGCGAGGGCGCACAGCUCCUCAAAGUCUUUUACAAGAAGCCCGCGCGUCAGAGCGAUGAGGGCGACGAAGACGAAGAAGAGAAAGAAGACGAUGAUGAUGAACAAGAUGGAGAGGACAUGGACCCGAGCGAGAUGGUGGAGGAAGUGGACGAGUACACGCUCCUAGCCGGGGACCUUGCCUACAUCCCCAAGCAAAUGGCCUUCACCUUGACUCCCAUCCACAGCGGGUCCUCCACUUCGUCAUCGUCUUCAUCAUCGUCGACUUCGGCCGAGGCGAACAAACACUCGCUUCACGUCCUCCUGGCGCCGAGCAAGAGGACAACGUGGAGUCAGAUGUUCAAGGACACGAUCGCCUCCGGCAUGCAGUGCCUGGAGAAGGAGAAUAUCGAGGCGCGCAAGACCCUACCCAUGGGCUACCAGCAGUAUAUGGGCUUGGUCCACUCCGACAAGGAGGACGACCCCAGGCGCGACAGCUUCCUGGAGCAGGUGAGCGAACUGUUCGGCAGCGUGUUGGACCUCGACUCGGGCGAGGGCAGAUUCAAGAUCUCGCAGUGGAUCGACUCCGCCGCUGAUAAGUUCGCGAAAGCGUCGCUCUACGGACGGUUGCACUUCGACCUGGGCGAUUGGAUGUCGCAGUACGAUGACCUGCGCGAGCGAGUGAACCAGAAUGGAGGCCUACUCAAGAUCUCCAAUUUCCUGCCGGAGCCCGUUGCGCGCCGCAUACUCCACACCUUUGAGAACAUGACGAAAGAGGAGUGGCUCGAAUCCAAGGCCGAGUACGACCCUGCCGACCCCACAACCUACAACAACGCCCAGCACCGUUUCAUGUCUUCCCGAGUGUUCCCCAACAGCGAUGCGAUAUUGGGCAUCUUCUCGCAGCAGCUGCUCAAGGCCGAGAAGAGGCAGCGAAAAGAUGACAACGAUCUCGAAGACGUGAUCGAGAACAGCUUCCAGGCCGCGCGCUACUUGGGCGGGGACCACAUCGCCGCGCACGAUGACAAGGCCUUCAAAACGAUUGACGACGAGGUCUACUCGCGCGAACUGGCUGUGAUCUACUACCUCACCGACGACUGGAAGGAGGAGUACGGCGGCCUGCUAGAGGACCUUGAAGGCGGGAAGACCUACGUGCCGGAGUUCAACUCACUCGUCGCCUUCAACGUGCCGCGCGACCACGUCGUGACGCCCGUCACAGGCACCCGGCCUAGGUAUUCUAUCUUUGGCUGGAUGCUGCGCAAGGGCCGCUUGUACGAGAUGGACAUCGACGAGGAGGUCGCGCCGGCCGACGAGGCCGAGGCCCCAACUGCCAAGCAAGACGACAACAAUGCCGUCGGCAGCGAUCUGGCCGCUGCGUCGCAGGGCAAGGGCAAGGGCAAGGAGAAGGCGCCGGCGAGCUUCGGGUGGGCCGGCAAGCGCGACCGGCAGCUGUUUGAGUGGAUGAUGGGCGGCGGGAUGACGGCCGACGAGUUCUUCGACAAGUACUGGGAGCAGGCGCCCCUUCUCAUCCAGCGCCGCCAGGACAAGGACUACUACGCUGGGCUGAUCAGCAAGGAUGACCUGACCAGGGGCCUGCUGGAAAAGUUCGACAUCCAGUUCACGCGGAACCUCGACAUCACCUCCUACCAAGACGGCAAGCGGAAGACGCACAACCCGGCCGGUCGCGCCGACCCGGAAACGGUCCAGCAGUUUUUCAAGGAGGGUUGUUCGGUGCGCAUGCUCAACCCGGCCACCUACUGCGACGGCGUGUGGGCGGUCCUCGAGGGACUGCAGGAAUACUUCGGGUACGGGAUGGGCGCCAACGUGUACCUCACCCCGGCCUCCACGCAGGGCUUCUCUCCGCACUACGACGACAUCGAAGCGUUCGUUCUGCAGCUGGAGGGCAGCAAGAGGUGGCGUCUCUACGCGCCCCUGGACGAGCCCUCGACCCUGCCCCGCUUCUCCUCCCGCAAUUUCGAGCAGAGCGAGAUCGGCGCGGUGGUGAUGGACGUCGUACUGCACGCCGGCGACUUCCUCUACUUCCCUCGCGGCUGGAUUCACCAGUGCUGCUCCUGGCUCGACCUUCUGGAGAAGAUGGUGCCGCGUGGUAUCGAGGUCGCCGAGGAGGAGUUUGGGCUCAUUUCCUCCCUGCCGCGCCAGUACGGCCAAUUCCUGGGCACGGGCAAGUCGAAACUGCGGGCUCUGCGCGAGGAGCGAGGCACAUUCCUGGAAUCUUACAAGCAGCUCCUGGAGGGUGUUCUGGCGGCGAUGCCGGUGGAUUUGGCGGCUGACCGUAUGGGCAUCCAGUACAUCCACAACUGCCUCCCGCCCUUCCUCUCCGCCGACGAGCGCCUCGCGCUGGCCCGCAGCAAGGAGGCCCAGCUCACGGAGACGACGGAGGUGAAGCUGCUGCGGAGGGAAGCGCAGCGGCUGGUGGUGGAGGAAGAAGCAGCGGUGCUCUACUACGCCGCAGGCAAUCCGCGCACCUACGACGCCAAGCAGCCCCAGUCCCUCGAGUUCCCUCUCGACUCUGCGCUGGGCAUCGAGUUUAUCCUGCUCAACGCCGACGAGUGGAUCAAGCUGGGCGAUGUGCCGCUGGAGACCUGGGCGGAGAAGGAAGUGCUGGCGCGCACCCUCAUCGCCAACAGCAGCCUCCUCGUGCGGACGGCGUGA